UUCCUAAAAAGAAAAGAAUGCAAGAGAGAAGUCAAAAAAUGAAAGACGCCAAAAACAUAAUUAAUCAGCCCCAAAAACGGCAAGAGCGGUUCGCUAAGUAACGCCACCUACCGGUCCCGUGAAACACGGCUCACGUUAGCCUCCAACCAUGAUGACUACGGUGGCUUGGUGGCUUCAUCAGCCGCUUUUUCUCUUUUUAUUUUCACACCGAUCCAAAUAUCAUUAUUAUUCCACGUGUCGUCCAUGACGGUCUGCCCCCACCACCCUCCGCCACCACCGCUUCAGGCUUUAUUACCAACUCUGCUAAUCUACGCUUCUAUCUAACCUUAUCCUCCGCCACGAACCAUUAUCAUACGCCUCUCCUCCACUCUCUCUCUCUCCUCUCUCCCUUAUCUUCUCGAUAUUACGUGAAAUCGCCGCCGCGAAAAGCCAUCGCAUUACAGCCAUUUCUCUUCCUUCACGAGAUCUGUCUUUUUUUUUCCUUCAAGAUUUUUGAUCCAUGUCCGAUCCGGAUUCUCCGAUGAACCACGAUCCGAUUCCGGAUCCAUCACCGGUUCGGAUCCAAUCUUCUCCACUCCCGCCACCAUUAUCUUCCUCCGCUCAAGACGAUGCGUCAACCGAACCAGCUUCCGUCACAGAUCUGAAGAGCGCCUCUAUCCCCGCCGCGUCCAAGAACUCUAGGCGGUUACCUCCGCCGUGCUGGUCUCUGGAAGAGGCGAUCGCCUUAAUUGACGCGUACAGAGACAAAUGGUACGCUCUAAACCGUGGAAAUCUCAAGGCGAAUCACUGGGAAGAAGUUGCAGAAGCGGUUGGUGUUAAUUGCCCCGACGUGACGUUGAAGAAAACCGCGGUUCAGUGCCGUCACAAGAUGGAGAAGCUCCGGAAAAGGUACCGGACCGAGAUCCAGAGAGCUAGAUCUGUGCCGGUGGCGAGGUUUAUAUCGUCUUGGGUUCAUUUUAAGCGAAUGGAAGCUAUGGAGAAUAGGCCAGAGAUCAAACAAGGUAACGAAAGUGGAGAUGAGGAUCACGAUGAUGCCAAUUACACAGCUAGGUAUCAAAUCAAAAACGGCGGAGGAGGAGGAGGAGGCUUAGUGGCAAGGACGACGCCGAGGUUCUUUAAUAGGAAUGGUACGGCUGGAUCUGGUGGUGGUGGAGGGAGUAGUAGUAGCGGCGGAAUUCGAAUUCGGAUACCGACUGGAGUGAGUAUAGCACAGCCUGGUGCGAGAUUUCCCGGUAAGAUUGAUCAGAAAUACACGGCGAGUCCAAGUUCUGGUUUGAGUUCAAAUCCGAGACCUGGUCGUGGUAUCGGAGCAGGAGGACCUAACUACGGUGCUAAAGUUGUGAGAAUUCCGGAAGGGGAAGAGAGAGGAGGAGGGAAACGAGGGAGAGAGAUGAUGAUGAAGACGGAGGAGGAGGAUGAUAAUGAUCCAAUGGUGGAGAUAGCAAGUGCGAUAAAGCAACUUGGAGAUACGUUGGUGAGAACAGAGCAGACGAGAAUGGAGAUGACGAGAGAGAUAGAAGCGAUGAGGAUGGAUACAGAGAUGAAGAGGACCAAGAUGAUUUUGGAAUCGCAACAACGAAUUGUGGAAGCAUUUGCUAAAAGCUUAUCGGAUAAUACAGAGGAGGACAAGAAGAAGAAAGCAAGAAGAAUGUCGUCUUUAGCUGCUGACUCUUGAUGAUCAAAAGGCGCCAUAAAUUAAAUUAUGUGUGAUUUUCAAAAUUCUAGAUUGUAGAAAUCGAAAGAGCUUUUAUUAGCUCAUGCAUCUGUCUAACACCAGUAAUGUAUCCUCUGCUUAAUUAUGUUGUUAUAAAGUGUAUAAAAAUUGGGAGUUCCCCAGUCUCUUAUUGUCUGUUUCCGACAGUGAGAGGUUUGUCUUGUUAA